ACAUUCUCAAACAUCCGCGAUGUUCCUUCCCACUAUUCUGUGAAUCUCCAUUUCUCCACCCGUCACGGUUCGUUUGUUUUCCUCGCGACGCGGAGGAGAGCGUAUUCCUACGCGCAAAAAGGUGGAGAAAAUAACAAGUGAACGAUAUUGACUAUAAGCGACAGCCAACACAGUGUGAAAGUGGCACCAGUUGGCAUUCCCAAAGACCGUCGUUUGAUCUGCUUUUCAUAGCUGUCCCCAUAGAGGGCUGUUACUGAGGGAGGUGUCCUCCUAGUUGGUGACGGUUACAGUAGGCGACACGGAGCCUGUACGUUGUCCUGGCCAGGUUUUUUUCCCAAGACUCAAUAAGGUUGGAUUUCAAGUCUUUGACUAGUGGUGUGGAGGCCAAGAUGUCAUCGAAGAUGCCAAGCGCUAACAACAUAGCCCAAGCCAGGAGGACAGUACAACAGCUGAGGAUAGAGGCCAGUAUUGAGAGGAUAAAGGUAUCCAAAGCCUCUGCGGACCUCAUGCACUACUGUGGCGAACACGCCAAGUACGACCCUCUGCUCAUGGGCAUACCUGCCUCAGAGAACCCCUUCAAGGAUAAAAAGCCCUGCACUAUAUUGUAGUGAAGCCUUUUUAUUUAUCUGUUUGCUUCUUAAUGUUGCCUGUGUUUUAUUUUCCGGGGAGAAUUGGGAUCUAAAACCACUGCUCAUCCAUCAAUCUUGCCUUAAAGCCUGUAACAUUUCCCUUUAAUGAAAAUGCUGUAUUUUAUCACUCAAUUUGAACUUGCCAUAGUUACAUACAUAACAUACAGUAAACAGUUAGAAUAUACACUACCAUUCAAACGUUUUGGGUCACUUAGGAAUGGUCCAUUAAAAUAACAUCAAAUUAAUCUGAAAUACAGUGGAGACAUUGUUAAU